UCGAUUAUCCGCGACCAAAUUGAAAACUUAACCAACAUGAGGGCCAUUUUCUUCGCUUUUCUCCUCGUUGUUCUGGUCGCUUAUGCUUCAGCUGCCUGCGAACCCAAAAUGUGCGAAUCCAUUUGCAAAUGCAUGGGAUAUUCGAGAGGGGAGUGUCUCAAUGACGUUUGCUACUGCAAAAAUGCCAUGGGCAACCAAAAUUUGGUCAUCAACACCGACGAGUUGGCCGCGAUUUUUAAUAAAUAGGUCUUUCGACUCUGUUUUCAAAAGUACCAGCCUGUAACGUCAUCUACGCAUGAUGGGUUCGGUAGUUGACACGUUUUCUUUUUGUUUGACUGUUAUUGGUCCAAAUAAAGCUCUU